AUGGCAUUAGUGCAUGGGGAUAAUGGUUACACUGGGACACUGGGAAGGAAAAGAGUCAUGGUUUCCAACAAUGGGGAAGCUUCUCCUCCAUUGACUCCGUUGAAGAGAAUGUUCAGUGGCAGAAUCACUCUGAACUCUGAAAGCUCUUCCCUCAAAACCCUUCCUCAAGACAUUCUGAUAAAUGUGUUGUGUGGCGUGGACCAUGAAGAUUUGAAGCAGCUUUUUCAUGUCUCCAAAACGAUUAGAGAAACAGUACGUAUUAAUGCAAGAGCAUUGUUCACUCCAAAUGCACCAUUGAGGAAAUACAACAAGUCAAGGUUGAACGGGAGAAAGCUGGCUGAUAUCGCGGUAACCUUGUUUGCUUCAAUGGACAAAGAACAGCAAGCCAAGGAAGGAAGGAAGGGAAACUGA